AUGCAAUUUGGACACACAAAGGUUGUGGCUGAGAUUUAUAGCAGAUGCAGGUCCUUUCUCACACAGCAAAACUUAGAUGGAGAUACUCCUUUACAUGUGGCUGCAAGAGGAGGAAUGUUUGAGAUUCUGAAUCAGAUUUUAAAAUCAACUGCAUCAUCAGCUCAUGGCGGGUCAGAUGGCCAAACCGCUUUGCAUGCUGCUGUUAUUGAGAAGCAUUUUGAGAUCGUGGAAGUACUCCUACGGUUCAAACAGCAGCUGAUCAAAGAAACUGAUCAACCAAGGCUUCUCUACUACGCAGCAUCCCUUGGCCACCACAGAACAGUUCAACGAUUACUAGAACUUGAUUUGUCUGUUGCAUAUGUUUUGGACAAAGAUGGCCAUUCACCGAUUCAUGUUGCAGCAGGCAGAGGUCAUACCAGUGUGAUUAGAGAGAUCAUGCGACAUUGCCCAGACUCUGGAGAAAUUUGUGACCUAUAUGGACAGAAUGCUCUUCAUAUGGCCAUCUUUGGUGGCCAAGCAAAUGUUGUCAGGUAUGUACUAGAAACACCAGAACUGGAGUGCCUCAUGAAUCAACCUCAUAUCAAUGGAAACACACCUUUGCAUCUGGCCACCAUAGAAAGAAAAACUUGGAUUCUAUGUUACUUGAGGUGGGAUGGAAGAGUAAAUCAAAGUUCCAAGAACAAAAGUGGCCAAACAGCAUUUGACAUUGAUAGGUCAUUUAAGGAAUCCGGUAUGAAAUCUCCUAGGAAAUGGCAGCACAUUAUGCCAAACUUUUGGGGGCAUCUCGGUACCUCGCAUUCUUCGUUGGGCAACAUCAAGAUUUCCCCAAGAGCUGAACAAGAAGAAGCCAGUGCAGUGCAAACUUACAUGCAAAUGGGUCAGACCCUUUUGAUGGUUGCAACACUUAUCACAACUGUAACAUUUUCAGCUGCCUUCACAAUGCCUGGAGGCUACAACAAUGAUGUAGGCCCAGACCGAGGGCAGGCUCUACUGCAGUCAAAUAAUGAUUUCAAGUGGUUCAUCGUCACAGACAGCAUUGCCAUGACUUGCUCAAUAAUUGCAUCUUGCCUUCUGUUUUGGGGAGCUGUUGACAGCAACAAGUCCUCCUAUGUUUGCUAUUUCACAAGUGCUGCUGCUCUUACAUUAAUUGCUCUGCAUUCCACUUCAAUAGCAUUCCAAACAGCGAUUAAGGCUGUCAUGCCCGAUCAUGACAUGGAAGACCCUACUUUUGAGAAGUUGCAAGUCUCAUAUUGGGCCAGCCAGUACUUGACCUUUUUGCAUAGGGAAAUUCCUCCCCAUUCUGCAAUAGUUUAA